AUAUUCUUCUGUUUAAUAUCUCGGGGGGGAAAUGGUCUCUCUUAAUAUUUCAGUAGCUACGAUGUAUCAUCAUGAUUCCAGUUAGAUUAUAAAACAAUAGUUACUAGUUUUUUGGCUUAUUUUUUAAGUGCUAUUUAAAAUGAAAUAUGCUUGUAGAAAAAGUUUCACUGAUUAACCCACGUUUAUUUAAAGACAGAAACGGAAAACACAUAAACAGCCUUUGGCCGUAAAAAAGACAACUCCUUCCUUACAGGAACAUUUUACAUAGGUGCAUAACUACAAGUCGGAACAUUAUGACAGUUACACAAGACUCCUUGGAUGAGAUUCACCAUCAACCAGAUUACCUCAUGAAAAAGAAGUCUGUUAUCUAUUUAAUCAACUUGACACCAGUGAGGUGCGGAGAUGGCAAACGCAGGUGGGGUGGACCUUAGCAGGAAGUUCGUCUCCGAGUCGGAGAUAGAGGAGAAGCGGAAACAACGUCAGGAGGAGUGGGAGAAGGUCCGGAAGCCAGAUGACCCAGAGGUGGCCCCAGAGGAGGAGUAUGACUCUCGAUCGUUGUUUGAGCGACUUCAGGAGCAGAAGGACAAGAAGCAAGAAGAGUAUGAGGAGCAGCACAAAUUCAAGAACAUGGUGAAAGGCCUGGAUGAAGACGAGUCGAACUUCCUGGAUGAGGUGUCGAGGCAGCAGUCACUGGUGGAGAAACAGAGGAGAGAUGAGGAGCGGCAUGAGCUACAGGAGUACAGAAGCGCCAUUAAGAAGCUAUCCACCGGCGACAGCCGCAAGGAGCCAGAGAAGAAGGGGGGGCUCAAACCUCCGGAGCACCGGAUCCACCUGUCCCAGGCCCAUCUGCUUGCCGGGGCCGUGAAGAGGCGUAGUUCUUCACAAUCAUCGUCAGAAGGGAGCAAGAAGCCAAAGGGGGAGGAGUCAGCAGUGGGCAACGGCAGCCAGACAGAACAGGAGGCAGGAGGAGGAACGGCUAAAUCGGGCGCGAAAGCCGUGGUGGUGGCGUCCGUUCGAGGAGUGCCCGGGGCGGGAACCCAGCCUGGUGUCCUGCACCUGCCCUCGGCUGCGGUGUGUGUGGGCAUCCUGCCAGGCCUGGGCGCCUACUCGGGCAGCAGCGACUCCGAGUCAAGCACCGACAGUGAAGUUUAAACCCCCUGGCACCCUAACCUGAUGACGAUCCCACCCCCCUUGAGGCUUCUGCAGUGGGUAUUGGCCAAGGGGACUUUGACUGACAGGAUCUCCGGAUGGCGGAGAAGACUGCUAACUGUCAUUCUAAUACCAUAACUUCACUCAAUAACAUCUAAACAGAUGGCUGAUAGUGGCCCUGUGAGCUGAGGCAAACAGUGUGUCUGUUUGUUUUUCUCCUCUUGUUCUUCUUCUUUUUUUUAAAUAAUACUUUGAUGGUGAGAAUGCAUAAUUUUUUUUUUAAUGAAUUCUUACCUGAAAGAAAUGCACAUCUAUUGUGUCGUGGAUGGCUAGGACAUAUCAGGAGGGGGGGAAAUAAAAAUGUUUCUGGUGUAAGCGUG